UUAUGUGACGUUGCAGAUUCAAAGUUGGCGACGAAGUUUCUGUCCGUCGUCCGGAGUCUGGUCGUUAUGUUAAUCGGCUAAAAGUUAUUUAUUUCAAUGUUUUUGGACCAAUAAAGAUUAUAUCCAUCUCGUAGCAUGGAGGGAAGAGUUAUCGGGCCAGGUCCGUACAGGGCGACAAAGCUGUGGAAUGAAACUAUUCAACUCUUCCGUGGUGGCAUGCCAUUAAGAAGACACUGGAUGCACCUCCGCUACUAUGACUGCACUUUUUCAGGAUCGGAGGCUGUGGAUUAUCUCCAUCAGCUUCUUCGGCACAACUGCAACUUUGGGCCAGAGGUGACUCGCAACCAGACUUUACAGCUGCUUAGGAAGUUCCUCAAGGCGCAUGUCAUCGAAGACAUUAAGGGACGCCAUGGGACGGAGGACUUUGAAGAUAACUGUCAUUUGUACAGAUUUCCCAGUUUGUCUCCCCUCAAGUCUCUUCCAUUGAGAUCUCUGUCUCGACACAGCACUGACCUGCCAAGACUCAUCCGCUGGGAUGACUAUGAGGAAUUACCACAGCAGGAGAAUGCAGCACCUGUGAAGUCUAGCAUGACUUCCGAUUUUUGGACCAAAAGGCACAGUGUAGCAAUCGGGGAUGUGCAUGAAUGCAAGCUCAUUCGCAGAAAAGAUAUUACUCCCAAGGAAGUGGACCACAUCUGGAAAUCAAUGACAGCUGCACACUUACAGCAAGUGCUGGGUUUAACAACAUUGGAUGGUAUAUUAAAUCCAGCACACGUGAAAGGCAAAUACAUAGUUCACAACGUCUUCAACAUCAACAAGUCGGGCAUAGUUGUGUUGGAGAACAAUGAUGAUGACAUGCCCUACUGGGUGAUAUCAGCAAUGAAAUGCCUCGCCAAGUGGCCUAAUGGCAAUGACACCAAACAACCAGUGUACCCGGGAUUUGAGAGAGAUGUCUUGAAAACCGUGGCCGACUACUAUCAGCGACUCAAAGAACCCCUUCUGACUUUCCAUCUUUAUGAAGUCUUUGUCAACAUUCUCAGUCUACUACAGGAGCAAGAUUUGGCCACUGAGGCUCUUCAAGUCAGCACUCUUUUGCUCUCGCCGCCCAAUCGACGUCAUCUUCAGCUAUUGCUGAGACUCAUGGCGCGGGUCUCGCAGAACCCCCAUCUGCCACCACUCAAUGACACUAUUGCCACACGCACACUGGUGGUGCAAAUGUUCUCGCAGUGCGUUUUGGGCUCCCCGGAUGAGAUGGACUUGGAUGAGCUGCUUGCCUCAAAACUGGUCACUUUCAUGAUGGAGCAUCACCACACCAUCUUCCAAGUGCCCGACAAGCUGCGCUGUCAAGUUGAGGAGCACCUUUCCCACCUGCGAAGAGUUCAGAUUAAAUAUGCAGGUUCUGAUACAGACUUCAGCACAUCUCCAGCAUUUCACAAACAGAUUCGACGGGUGGUGUCAGAGGAGCCAAAGGUGAUUGGUACCCAGACUCCCCUUCAGGAGCUACUGGAAGGCCUGAUCUCUGACAAAGAGCUUCCUGCCAAGGACAAAAAGAAAAGACUAAAACAGUUUCAAAAGUCUUAUCCUGAAAUCUACCGCAAUCGAUUCCCCUCUGAGGAAAGUCGAGCUGCUGUCAUGCCUGAGAAAAACCCUCGCCUCAAACCUCACCUCCUGUUUUUCAACCUCAAGAAACCAUCGAACCCUUUUCAGAGGAGCUGGAGUUUCAGGGCCUGAAAUACCACCGCUGAGUCUGGUUUAGUUAAGCAUGGUGUGUAACGGUACUGUAUGACACCCCAGAAUGCUUGUUCAACAAAACUGUUUGUUUCACAAACCUUCAGAGAAAGGUUGAUUAAAAAGGUUGGGAAGAGGUCGACACUUUGCCAUAAAGUAUUUGUGGACUGUGUUGUGUCAAUUAAAUUCAUUAUGGGCAAAUCAGAUCAACAAAUAACAUCAAUCAACAAGUGCUGCUGCAAAAAUAUGUGAGUGACGAGCAGCGACGUGCAGAGGGGCCAAACUGCCAAAGGAGGAAUAUAUCUGACCUUCAAACUUUUAUUUUCUGCUCACACUUGGAAAAAAAAAAGUUCUAUAUUUUGAACUAGCCAUGAUACUGUUUCAACUUGUGGUUUAGAAAAGUCAAAAUCUAACAGAAAAGGAGGUAGAUGAAACCACUAACCAUACUGAAAAUUAUAAAUAAUAAAUAGUUUUAAAACAUAUUUAUGUUUACAAUUCUCGAGCGCUAAAAGAACCACUGCUGUUUGUUACAAUGAAUUCAAGGAGUUGAGUACUUGUUCAGAUUAAGAUUAAAAUUGCACUCAAGUGAAAUAUAUGCAUUUCAAAAAUAUGAAAGUGUUACUGGGUCUAAACAUCGUUGUAUGUGAAAAUCAAAAGCUUUGUGUUAAUUUUCGACUGCAUUCAAUAAGUCAACUCUGUACAGGAUACACCCCCCCCCCAAAAAAAAAACAGCUGGUACACGGUUGUAUGUUUCAUUUGUAAUAAUCAUAAUGAUCACGCUUUCUAUAAAUUACAAUUGAAAAUCAGCAAACGGCACCCUUUUCUCCAAAAACGAACUUUAGAUCUCAUUUGAUGUGCACUCUCAAACAUGUUUUCCUUUUUAAUGUAUGUAUGUACGGGUGUGUCGACUUUCCUAAUCGGUACAUAUUUCAAUGUAUUAUAAAUGAAAGUAUUUGUCACACUGCUGUCGUCAGUCAUGUUCACUUCGAGGCUGUCUUAAGAGAUGUUUUAUUUUCAUAGAUGCUAUUGUUCUUGAUUAAUACACUCAAAUCGUUGUCUUAAUAAUGCUGGAAUGACUGUUACACUUGAACUUUGACGUUGCUGGUAAAUGAAACAUUCAAUGUGUGUUUGAUGUAGAUUGAUUCUAUAAAUCUUCAGUGUAUUUUGGUUUGUCCUCUAAUAUCCCAGAUUAAGGGCAUUAUUUCCCACUGUAGGCUCAGAGCAUAACAAUGAUCUUUGUUUUUUUAUACAAUAAAUGACACUGCAAGAUGAAAAAAU